CACUCGAGGCUCCACGGGGAGAGGGGAGGAAGGGGCGUAGCAUUCCCUGGGUUUGGGACAGACGAAUCAUUUCGGAGCUUCCAGUUGGAGCUGGGCUGGACACCGAGGGCAGGAUCUCUGCGGGAGGACAGGCUGACAGCGAGGAAGAUUCCCUGAGGAAGCCCCUGUCAAACUGGCCUCGCUGCCUGGCUCAGCCUGUCCCCUGUUUCUCCUCCCAGGCCCAGGUGAGAGGAAGAUGAGGGUCCUGCUGGUGCUGACGAUGCUGUUUGCCUGCAGUGUGUUCACAGCUCACGGGAAGCACCCGCGCACAUUCACACCGGGACUGGAGGGAAGCACCGUAGGAAACCUGACUGCCCAUGGAUGCUACUCGGGAUGGGGCACCUCGAGGGCUUCGGCGGAUCGGUGCUGCCUGCUCCGAGCCUGCUGCUAUGCCAAGCUGGCAGCGCGGCGGUGCCGCCCGGGACCCGUCCAGCCGCUCUCGGCUCCCCGGGCAGGGAUCCCCACCUGCAGGUCGGGGACGUGGUGCCAGCGAGGCGCCUGCAGGUGCGAGCGGGCGGCGCGGCUGUGCCGGGCUCGGCUCCGCCGCCGCUGCCGGGGACGAGCCGGGAGGUGCUGAAACAAAAACUCCCUUUGCCAAACCAUCUCCGGGGACUGAUCCGACAAGGGACGGCGCAGGCAGAGCUUCCCAGCCCUGGUGAGUCUCCUCCUCGGCCUUUUGGCUUCGAGGCGAGGACAACAACCCUCCGGUGAAGUCGCGUCACGGGAUGCGAGGAGGGGGAGCAGAGCUGACGUGAUGUUCCAGCACAGCAAAACAAGGGAGGGGUGGAUGGACACCUGCCCCUCGUCCCGGUGAUGGGAAGCGUUCUCUUGGCAGCCUGUCCGCUCCCUCCGCUUCCUGCUUCACAGCAAAUUCCCUCCUGUUGCUCCAAAAUAAAAGCAGAGAGCCCAAAGCAGCGGUUCCCAGCGUGCCGUGACUCAGCUGAGCCCAGCGAACACCCCUCUCCUCUCAGAGAGGUUUCCUCUUGAAGUACUCAGCAAAAACGACACUUGAGAGGUGACACGACUCAGCCCUGAGCUGCCCCAACUUAGCUCUAAAUUCAGGCUCUGAAAAUUCCCAGUUUUUCUGAGGGAUGGAGGAGUGGAGACUGGUGGAAGGGCUGGGGGCAGGAACGAUGGUGUGGGAGGGACAGGCUUGGACUUCAAUUAUCUUUGUGGGUCCCUUCCAGCUCGGGAUGUUCUGUGAUCCCCUAAAUCUCUGCUGUGACAGGAUGGCCGGGAGCUUGCCUCACACCCAGUGCUGAGCAAAACAGAGUUCUCACCAGAAAAGAAUGUUUUGGCCCAAUUCUGCAACAACCCUGAGCACAUUCCUUAGGAAAAGGCAGUUCGGGCAGUGGCUGCUUCCCCCCACUUCAGCAUCCCCAGGUUUUGUGCCUUGGGGUGUUGAUCCUGGCAGAUCUCCAUGCUCCAAACCACCUUAGGGGGAGGUUCAGCAAUGAAAUAAAGCCACAGAAACAACAAAACACUGUUUCCUCAGGGGCUGAUGCCCAGCUGGAAUUGCCACCCUGGGUUGCCCCAUAGCUGAAAUCAAUGGCACCAGGAAAUAGCCCUGAAAUGGAUGUUUCUGCCAGCUGUCAGCCAGGAACCACGCCCUGCCACCCUCCUCCAGCCAUGUGGAAUCCUGGGGGAAAUGAGGAAGGAGCCCUUUGCCCAGCAGGCAUAAAUCAAGGAUCAAAUCCUCACGGAGAGGAUGGAUAGCCCAGACAGAUUGCAGGCUGGGAUAAACUCAACCACGCUCUCCCUUUGUCAAUUCUGGGUGAAUUUUAACCAUCCAGGAAUUUUCCUGCUUGGACAUCCAGCUGUACAAAUCCAUUCAUACAAAUCCUCCAAAUGCUGAUGUUUUGGCUCAGAUACUGCACCCCCUCAGAGCAGUGCAAUAAACUGGGCUGCAAGAGUCGUGGUUUUCAUACUAAGAAACAAAACCCACAGCUUCCCAGGAGGUGUUUGGCUUUUGGGGGGACUUAUUUCCAAUUUAACCUGGCACAGGUUGAGGGGAUAGGGUGGAGAAGCUUUCAGUGGAACUCAGCCAGUUUGAUAGACAAGAAUAUUGAAUAUCCCCUAUUCCUCCAUGAUAAAACUGAUUGUGGACUUGGAAAAUCCUGAAUUGUGGCAAAUCCUGGUUUAGCCAAUUAACACCAUCCCAGGGGACUACCUAAAUUAACCCAGAGAGCUGAUGAUGAGCCAUGUCAGAGGAGGGGAAAGAGAUUUUGUUGAGCUGAGUUCCCUUUUCUCAGCAUCUGAUUCCCACACAAGUCACAUCCUUAUUCCUUGCCUCAGUUUCCCUACCAGCCCUGGGGGGGGAUUUCCUCCCCUGCCUCAGUAUCUGCCCAUGCUGGGGUUCCCCAAAAAGCAGCACAGAGCAGCUGCAAUCUCUGCCAGAAGUUAUCCUCUAAAUGAUUGUUCUGUACCACCAAUUUAAUCAAAAAUUAAACGACACAAGCAGCCUCUUUUCCCCCACACCUUCCAUCACACACCACCGGCAUUUUUUCUUCCCUGCCACUUACUUUGCUUCUAAAUAAAGCUGCACCACACACCUCAUGCCAUGAGGUAUUUGAAAGCAAAACACUGUGCCCAGCACACGUGGGGAGAGGGAUGGAGCAUCUCCACAUCAUGCAGGGCUCUGAGAAAGCCCCACUAUGGAGAAAAGCACCAAACACAGCCUCUGCUCAGCUCCUUCUCCAGCCACAGACAUUCUGGAGUCCCUGGGAUCUUCCUCCACUCCCAGUGUUGCAUCUCAGCCACUCUGCUGAGUUGGAAGGGGAGGAUGCUUUGCACUGGCUGCGUUUUCUCCUUGCUCCAGGUAAGUUAGGAUGGAAACAGUAAGACCCAGAAUGGUGUUUUCUAGCCAAGACAUCAAAAAACUGUCAUCCAGGAAGAGAGUGGAUCAUGGAAUCACAGACUCCUCAGUCAAUCUCAUUCCACCUUAUAAGGGACACCUUGUACUAAGUGGUUCCUGUUGUCCCUCAAUUUCUCUCAUUUUACUCAGGGAAGCACUGGGAAAGCUGAGACACCCAGAGCCAUGCACAGACUCGAUUCCAGGCUGCCCCACACACCCAAAACCUCCUGCCAAGAGCUCCCCCACCUAAGGCAUCCCACAGCCGGGGCCUCCAGCAGCCCAGCACAACAGCAGGACCAGUAUGGGGAGGAUUGUCAAUAUUUGCCCACUUUGGGCUCCCCGGAGGAGGGGCCUUGCUGAGGGUGCACAGCCAUAAAAGGUGUGACCAGCAGCACCUGGGGCUCACCAAACCCCGGAGCUGCCACCACCAGAAUGAAGCUCCUCUCGCUGCUCCUGUUCUUCCUAGGACUGGCCCUUGCCAGCUGCAACUUGGCCCAGUUUGGAAUGAUGAUUGUUCAAAAGACGGGGAAAUCGCCGCUGGCUUACAACGGGUACGGCUGCUACUGCGGCUGGGGGGGAUCCAAACAGCCCGUGGAUGCCACUGACAGGUGCUGCCAUGCCCACGACUGCUGCUACAAGAGAUUGGUUUCCUCUGGCUGCAGCCCCAAAAGGACCAUCUACAAAUACGUCUUCCAAGGAAACCGAAUAACCUGCGGAACAGGGAAUGGGUGCCAAAGAGGGAUCUGUGCCUGUGACAAGAAGGCGGUGGAGUGCUUCCAGAGGGCAGCCAGCACCUACCGCAAAUCCUACGACAACUACCCCAAAUCCAAGUGCAAGGGCAGAACACCCUCCUGCUGAGCACACCUGCCAGGCUGGGGCUCCAAAGCUCACAGAAACCAUCAGAAUCAGGGAGUUCUGCCUCCCCUGUGGCCAGGCAGGACGUGGCACAAAUCUGUGGCACUGAAAAGGUGUCCAGCACCUUUCCCCAGAGCCUUAGCACAGGGAAGAU